AUUCACUUCAGUAUUUGUUACAUGAUGUUCACAAUAUUCGCGGGUUUUUCAGAAGCGGAGGUCGUCUGGGUAAAAUUCUAUGGCGGUGAAUGAGAAAAUACAUUAAAUAUAUUUGUUGUGUUCCCAUUUUCUCAGAUAGCAAAAGAAAAACUCAACAACAGUGUUUUCACAACUUUCAAAAAGAGGGAAAAAACAGAGAGAGACUGAUAACGGAAACAGCAGCGUUAACUAUUUUUUUUUUUUUUUUUUUUUUUUUGUAAUUUGAGGUAUAAGGUAAUACAGUACUAAGUAUAGUAUUAUAAAUGUGCAUAUAUAUUUAUAAAAAAAAAUUAAAAUAUAAAAAACUUUGCAAGAUUUAAGACGCUGAUGACCGUUAAAACGCGUCAUCACGGUCCGUUCAGUUUUGAACUGAAGUUGAACAGUUUUAGAUGUAAACGUGCUUAUUGUUCUUUAAUGUUUACGGAGUUUCGCUGAUGUUUGUGUUCGAGUGAGAAAAUUAAUUCAUGUAAAUUGAAAGAUGUCGGCAUUGAAUGUAUUUUGUGCCAAAGUAAUGAUGAAUGAUCCUCAGUUUAUCCCACAGAGUGUGUGAAGAGUUCAGAAAACUGACCCUGGUGUGAAGCGGCCUGUGGUGACGUCACGCCCCCUGCAGCAGUCUAUUUAUGGCCGCUAAGCCACGCCCUCUCUGUGUUUGUGUUGCCAUGGGAACCUGACGCGUGGCUCCUCGAGCUCGUGCUGUAAUCUAACAGAAGAAACAGCAGGAGAACUCUUCUGUGGUGAGUUCAAGAGUCUCAAAAUCAGUCUGUCAUUAUCAGAGAUAUUAUCUGUGUGUGUCUAUAGUUAAUGUGAGGUAAAUGUGACAAAACUCCUUGUAGCGGCUCGUCUAAAGAGUCAUGAAGUACAUCAUGUUUUAACUUUGUGUUUCAAUACAGUCAUUAUAUUAGAAAAUAUAAUUUAUUAGCGCUAGCAGUUGAGAUGUUGCCUCAUUUCGACAGGUAAAGUGUGUGUGUGUGUGUCGCAGGUGUCAUGAGUGCUGAAGCUGCUCCAGACUCCAGCUGCAGGUCGGUUCCUGUGGAGCAUCUGGACUACAGCUUCAUCCAGAGCUGCUCAGACCUCAAACAUCUGGAGCAGAUCCUGAGAGUUCUGCGGUCCGGUCAGGAGGGUUUUUACCCUCAUCUGAUUGAGUUCUGUGAGAGACACAUAGAGAAACUGGACCCAAAGUCUCGAGUCCUCAGGAAGGAGAAUCGCGCCGCAACCGCUGCCUGUUUCUCCACGGAGGAAUGGAGGAACAUCUCUGAAGACCUGCAGAUGUGGGAGAGAAACAUCAGAGCAGAUGAAGCGGAGAUGAAGCGAAGCGCCAUAUUCAGUGAUGUUGAAAACGUGCCGCCUGUUCGUUCCUCAAACGGCCUCGUUCAGAGAAGCAGCAGCGCUACAGUGAAGACUGUGAGAGAGUCCUGCGGCCCGCGCUCCUACAGAGACUGGGACAGGUUUGAUGUGGAGGCAGAGGUCAGUAAGAUCGACGAGAGCCACACAAACACCCUCCGUCCAGAUCUGCCUUCAGUCCAGCAGACGGUCAGCAGCAGCUCAGCUCUGACAGCGCAGGAGAAAGACGUUCUCGCCCGCCGGGAGAAAGACAAAGGCAACGAAGCUUUCAGAAGUGGAGAUUACGAGGAGGCCGUGGCGUAUUACAGCAGGAGUGUGUCUCUCGCGUCUUCAGCCGCUGCAUUCAAUAACCGCGCGCAGGCUCACAUCAAACUACAGCGCUGGAGCGCAGCCCUGAGCGACUGUGAGACGGUGUUACAGCUGGAGCCAGAAAACAUCAAGGCUCUACUGCGUCGUGCCACUGUGCACAAACAUCUGGGUCACCUGCAGGAAUCACAUGAUGACCUGAGAGCCGUUCUUCUGAUGGAGCCGCACAACAGCACAGCACUGAAGCUCCUGACGGACGAGACGGAGCAGUGUCAGGAGAGACGCAGCACAGGCAGGAAGAUCCUCAUUCAGGAAGUGGAUGACGAUGCUCAGGAUGAAGGCAGACAGAAGCGGGACGUUAGUGAGGCGGAGAGUGGAAUCAUGGGAAAUACACACAAGAUGGCCAGCUGCACCAACAUGCAGACAGACGGGCCCAACAGACUGACAGACAUCAGCAGCGAUGACGCUUCAGCUGGAGCUCCGCCCCCUGGACACGCCCACAUGAAGAACGAUGAAAUCACUCUCCUUGAGAACAGAGACGAGAAACACAUACAGGCUGCAGCAGAAGCUGUAGAAGAACGGCUGGUUGUUCCAGAGUUUGAGCGGCUGAAGGACGAGGGCAGCGGGUUGUUCCGGAGCGGCUGCUAUCAGGAGGCAGCGGACAGAUACACGGAAUGUCUUCAGCUGAAACCACACGAAUGUGCCGUUUACACCAACAGAGCGCUCUGCUAUAUCAAACUCCAGCGCUUCAAUGAAGCCCGGCAGGACUGUGACUCCGCCCUUCAGCUCCAACCCACCAAUAAGAAAGCUUUCUACAGACGUGCACUGGCCAAUAAGGGCCUGAAGGAUUACCUGGCGUGUCGUUCAGACCUGCAGCAGGUGUUGCGUUUGGACACGAGUGUGACGGAGGCAGAGCAGCUACUGAUGGAGGUCACACACCUGAUGAAGGACAGACAUCCGUCAGGAGCGCGCAGGACCGUUCACAUCACUGAGGUGGAUGAUGAUGAUGAUGAUGAAGAUCAGGUCAGCAGUGCAGACGGAGCAGACGGGCGGUCCAUCAUCCCUCAGCCCUGUAAUGCGUAUGAGUUUGGUCAGGCUCUGACCGCGGCUCGCUCUCAGGAUGACCUGCUGACCUGCGCUGAACUCCUGCGCUCCGUCACAUCAGACCGUCUGCCGCGGUUCAUCGGCUCGCAGCUGGACGCACAAACCGUGAGCUUCAUCAUACGAGCGCUGCACACACACCUGCUGCACACACACCCUGAGCUGGUGUACGGACACCUGCAGCAGCUGCACAACACACACAGACUCACGAUGGUGUUGAUGAUGUUGGGCCGUGACGAGCGCACACAGCUCUCUCAGCUCUUCCAGAACCUGCGCUCAGUGCAGACUGAAGCCUUCUCACAAAAUGACAUCACAAACCUGGCCAACAAAUACUUGUGAUGCUCCGCCCACCGCUGGACACCCUCAGCACAUCCUUCCCAUGAUUCCACACUCCGGCUGAUCUCAAUAAUAUAUGCAUGAUUUAUGCUGUUUCUGGAGACUGUCAGUGUUUCAGAGAGAAUGUAUGAUUCACUUUUGUUCAGUGUGAGAUGAUUUUAUUUCUGUUUAUAAAUGAAUGUUUUCUGCUGGA